UGGCCUGUAAAGAGAGAGUUGUUUUUUUUCCGAGAGUGACAAUCGAUGCGUUCGUCGAUUAAAGAGGUCAGAGAAUGGCACAGGCACUUCAUGGUUGCAUGCACUGCCCAUGUUUCCUGUGCAGCAGUGGUUCCAUGGCCUCUUAGUAGCGGUCUUGAUCUUGUCGUCCCUCUUUCUCUCCCCGGCGGACGGCGCCGAGCUGAAAGGAGAGCAUUCAUCCUCUGGGCCGCCGCCAUCUCAGCAAUGCUGCUCCGGCCGCAGCCGCCUGCCCGUGGCGCCCAUCACCGUGGCCAGCACCAGCAGCACUCGUAAAGGGCUGCAUCUCCAUCAACACCAUGACAUCACUGUGAGGCUGUGGAAGGCGCAGUUCCACCAGUUUGACGUCGAUAGAAGCGGUGUUCUGGAGGGCGGGGAGGUGGUGGUGUGUCUGCUGCGUGUGGUGGGCGCGUCGACGAGGGCUGCGGUGCUGCGGCAGGUGAUGGGGGUGGUGGAUGGCGACGCCGAUAAGGCGCUGAGCUUCCCGGAGUUUGUUGGGCUGUACUCUCGGGUACCAUGGGAAGAAGCAGGAGUUGACAUGCUCCCUCCCAUGUGUGUGCCCUGGCUGUGUGCAGUUGACGAGCGGCUCGACGAGAGCCAACAUCCAACGAUUCAGCAAAUACGACAUGGUGAGAGAGAGGAAGAAACCGGGAGAGCGAAAGGCAGGCUGCCUAUCAGCUGACGAUCUGUGCCGUCUGUGUGUGUGUGUGUGUGUGUGCAGACAGGUGACGGGCGUCUGAAUGCGCUGGAGCUCUUUCUUUUGUCCAUUUCCCGGCCCCACCCCUUCAUAAUGCGCCUGUCCAACGCUCGUGCGAAGAUGCACCAGUUCGACAGAGACCACGACGGCUUCCUUGACUUCAACGAAUACGAGGCAGGCACAGCACAGAGAGAGCGCGGGAAACUGACUGCGCAGCAGUGAUUGUGGGUGUGGGUGUGUUUGUUUGUGCGCAGGACAUGGCGCUGGAAGACGGCUUGGAACGGCAAGUAGAAGACGCAUUCAGGAAAUAUGACCAAAGUGAGGGAGGGAGGGAGUGAGCGGAUGGAUGGAUGCGCCAGGGGCCGGAUGGAGGGGAGGCAUGAAUUGUGUUUUGGUGGUGUGGUGGCAGAUGGCGACACUUUCAUUUCUCGGAGGGAGCUGCAGCUGGCAUAUGAGACACUCGGCUACACCGUGAGCUGAGCUACCGACAUACACACGCGUGCCGUGGCGACAAAGAUGCGGGCUGAUUUGGUUUGUGUCUCAUUUUCUCGUGUAUUGUCAGUUCGCUGAUGUGUCCGACCCGCUGCUGGUGGAGUACCACAACAUGCUGGACAUCGACCUGGACGGAUUUGUCAGCUACUCUGACUUCAGGGGUGGGUUCAAGGGCGGCCAUCCAUCUCUAUCUCUCGCUUCUCUCUCUCUCUCUCUCUCUCUGUGUGUGUGUGUGUGUGUGUUGGUUGGUUGGUUCUGCAGACCAUUCCAAUGCCCAGUUUCUGGAAGAGCAGGCCGGGGGCCUCGCUGUGACGGAGAUCUGAAUGGCUGGAUGAUGAAAGGGAGAAAUGCUGCCAUCGAUGGUGGGUGGAUGCGUGUGUACGUGUGUGUCGGCGACCUCUACCUCUGUAGUGAACGCGCUCAUUCCCACAGACGGGAUUAAAUGUUUA